UGUCUUGACUAAUCCCCAUCAUGGCGGUCUUUUGGGGAAUAUGCCUCUGUCUCUGUUCUGUCAGACUGUUUUAUUGCGGAGUCCUGUGUUUCCCCAGUUCCAGGGAUGAAAGGGGUUCUCAGUCAUUGCUGAUGUCUGAGGCUGAAGACUCUGAGCUGCCUCCAACGCUAUUGCUUCCCCCAGAUGUAGAAAAUGGCUAUAGUCGGUUGCCUCCCCUUUUCAAGGUACUGUCUGACCACAGUCACCAGAGUUGGGAAGAUGGUAACCCAAGACCACGGCCAGAUUCCAGGGCUCUGAGAUACAUGAAGAGGCUGUAUAAAAUGUUUGCCACCAAGGAAGGGAUACCAAAGGCCAACAAAAGCCAUCUCUAUAACACGGUCCGCCUCUUCACUCCACAUGCUGAAUGCAAGCACCCCAUCAGUGGUCAAAUGAGAGGAGACUUUCGCUCAGUGGACCUGCUCUUCAACUUGGAUUGUGUAACUGCUUUAGAACACUUGCUCAAGUCAGUCUUACUGUAUUCAUUCGAUAAAUCUGUUUCUAAAUCUUCAGCCAUUACAUGCACAUGCACUCUAGUUGUAAAGGAGCAUGAUGGCUCUAAUCCAGUGUGCCCCAAUGUUCCUCAUGCAAUGACCUUCAAGCUGCAUUUUGAACUUAGGCGCAAAUGGGUUGAGAUUGAUGUGACCGCUUUUCUCCAGCCUCUGAUAGCCUCUAACAAGAGAAGUGUUCAUAUGGCUGUCAAUUUUACUUGCCUGAAAGAUGACCAGUCCCCCAACUCUAACUGGGAUUCCUUUAACAUGGCUUUGGUAUCACCAUCUCUUCUUCUGUAUCUCAAUGAUACUAGUGAGCAAGCUUACCACAGAUGGAAUUUUCUAAAACACAGGAGAAGGAACCCCAUGUGGUCUAGGCUGAAGGAGGAUUCUUUCACAGAUCCCAAUGAAGAGGCAGGAAAGGAAAUUAAACUUGGCAAAAGAGCAUCUCGUCACAGAAGAGAUGGAGAUGGAAACAUAGGAAACACACCGUCUCCGACAUAUAAUUUAAGUCAAUACUACGAACAGUUCCUCUUUCCCCAAAAUGAAUGUGAACUUCAUAAUUUUUGGCUGAGAUUCAGCCAACUGAAAUGGGACAAGUGGAUAAUUGCACCACACAGAUACAAUCCUCACUAUUGCAAAGGUGAAUGUCCAAGAGUAGUUGGGCAUCGCUAUGGCUCUCCAGUCCACACAAUGGUACAGAACAUCAUAUAUGAAAAGCUGGAUUCCUCUGUCCCCAGGCCCUCUUGCAUUCCUGCUGAAUAUAGCCCCUUGAGUGUCUUGAAGGUUGAGCCUGAUAGAUCAAUUGUCUACAAAGAAUAUGAAGAUAUGAUCGCUACCAAAUGCACUUGUCGGUAAAACCAAUCCUGAUUUAUUUAUGCUUCUAUUUCAGUACCCCCCCGCCCCGCCCCGUGCUACAAUAAGUGUAGCUUUCUGGUUGUUUAAAAGACUUAGCAUGGAGUACCCUGGCAGGUAUUUCUUUGAUGGCAUUUUUUGUUGUGUUUUGUUAGCCCCUUCUGAUUUAGAGGAGACUAAAUGUGAAGUUGGGCAUAAGGAGGUUUUCCUUGAUGUUUAUUUCCAGCUGGAAAACUAUUUCAUGAAUUGUGAAAUGUUUUGCUUGGGAUUAAAAAAAAAAAAAGCACUAUAUUUAUCUAGAUAGAAAAUAAAGGGAAUAAAUACCUGCCACUUCAUGCCAUUUAUUUAUUUUUUGGUGUGUAGUUCUUGUUUAGUCUUUCCUGUGUUAAAAAAUAUUUUAUAAGCGAACAUUUUUACGACAAGUGUCUAGGCACAGAAGGUUUUACUAUUGCUGAUUUCUCAAUCACUUAAUUUUUAUAUGUACUUUUAGUGAUUGAAACUGGUUGUCUGAGACAACUCCUGUCCUUUACUAUGAUGACUACCAGAUGUAAAGGUUAUUUUAAAGCAAUGGAUAACCUUUUGUCUAACUCUGAAGGCUCUUGUGGUACCAAAACAAAUAGAACGUAGCAAAUGUCCUAGUGGUAUAUCUAGAACAGUUACUUACUGGACAUUUUUACACAAUAGAACAUCAAAAUGUGAAGGCUCCUGCAUAGUCUGUUAUGUGCACAUAGAUCAUCGCAUCUGAUUGUAUACAUGGUGUGCAUGCACUGUAACUUUUACAUCUACCUUUUUACAUAUAACACAGACAUGUCAUAACUGGUGUAGAGCUUUCAUGCUAAGUUCUACAUAGAAGUGCCUUCCCAUUACAUAUUGUGGGAAGUAGCUCUACAUUUCAGUUAACUGAAAGAAAGGAAGUUGGUUACUUUGAGUCUAUAUUAGAUUGGAUUGAUGAGCUCUAUUAAAUUUAGCAUUCAGCAUUUUUAAAAUGCUUGCUGUCUUCUGUUUUGAACAGGAAACACCAUUCACCUAAAUACAAAUUAUGAUAUGCUGUUACAUUCCAGUGUAUUUGAAAAAAAAGAAAAAGAAAGGUGUGUUCUGUAGUGAUCAGCUAGCUUAAAGCAUUUUAAUGUCUCCUUCUGUUGCUGAAUUGAAAUGCCAUCAGAGUGUAUUCAUAAACCUUAACACUUGCUGGAAAUAAAUAUAAAGCAAU